CAGGUCCACGUUGGCUGCAACAGCUCCGCAGCCACAGUCUUCAUGCAGCUGCAGCUUCUGAGUCUCUCCAGUCUGCGCAGUUCCAGCAUGGGCGAGUGAAAGGGGCCAUUUUCUUGUCAGAGUUUUCUUAGCUGAUAAUAGAAGAAUUCUAAGUAAAUAUUUCUCAUGCUGUACCUGCUGAGCAGUCGGUCAUGAGCAAAAGUGUUUUGUAAAAUUGCCAUCACUUCCAGCUGUUGCCGCGCCCUCAGCCUGAGAGCGCUGCAGCAGUUCUUUCGUUUACGUCAGUUGAACUGGUUUGUCUGCUGGCACUGAUGAAAAGAAUGAAACGCAGCGAUGAGCAUUUAAUGUGACUGAACCGCAGCCACGAAGAUGUUUGCAGCUGAAGCCAAAGCCAUCACCAGAAACUUUGGAGCUAAAGAGCUCAUCCAUAACGACACUUUAAAUCACAAAAUGGACCUGCUGACUCUGGUCAAAAUCAGCGAGAAGAAAUUAUGGCCAGUAAAAAAGUACCAGAUUUUGUUCUGCACCCUGCCCAAUCUCAUGGAGGAGGAAUUCUCUCCAGAUUAUACAGAGGAGAUCCUAAUGGAGAAGUUUAUGACUACAGCACAGACGAGCGGAGGUGGAGGUGUAGGUGGAGGAGAUGGUGGUUUGUGUAAAGUUGAAGUUACUGUAAAUGUUGAUGUUGUGGACGGACAGGCUCAGCCUGUCGACAUAAUGACCAGGAAAGUGAACCUUGAAACAAUGAGGAAAAGGCUCAAAGACAGCACAGUAAAAAAGGACCAAGUGGAUGAGCUGAAACUGAGAGAGAAGGACAAACUGGCCUUUGUUAACCAGAUCAUUUACAACAGUGCACCUGUCGAACUUAGUAGAACUCGUGCGAAGGAUGGGUGUGCUUCAGUUGGCUAUAAGAUGAUGAACCUGUCUGCAAAGGGCCAGAGGAAGGAGAAGACGAGCUUCACCGUUCCAGAAAAAUCCACCUUUGCUUACAGCCUGGUGGAGAUAAAGAUACAGGAUGAGAAGCUGAGAAUCUUGUGUGAACCCUGGACUCGAUGUAAAGUUGAGAGGCUCUUUUGUGACGCCAUGAGCAGUGGGACCAUACGAGAAGUAACAGAAGAACUGGAGAUGAAGGAAGCUCUUCUGCAGCCUCUGGAAGAUCUUCCUGAGCCAAACCGUCCUGAUCUGCUGAAAACACUCAGCGAGCUUGUGGAGGAUGGAGAUGCUCUCUCUCUGCUGGAGCAAACACUGGAUCAGUGCAGUAAUGAAACGUCUGUGCAUCCUCGGUCUCAUGCUGUCUCUUCAUUCAUGGACCUUCUUGAUGUCUCAAACAUCUCCACAGCUGUGAAGGACGCUGUUCACCUGUUGGUCAGCGCUUUGGAUGCUCUGCCAGGUGAAAUGUCUCCACUCCUGACCAGCUGCAGUCCAGAUACUCUGAGAGUCCUCAGCCAGCUGGUGGAUGGACUUAAGGACGGUCAGGCCAAACUCCCAGAGUCUCUGCCCGCCCCCCUGCAGGAGGGAGGGGAUCUCCGCUGGGCGGCCGAGCUCAUCUGUUUGAACGACAAGAAGCUGAAAGAGCUGAGUGACGUCUGGGACCGGCCCGAGCUCCCCCCGGAGGUUCUGCUGGAGCUUCUGUGCCUCGCUGUGCAGGGACUCAGCCUGAUGCAGCCCAGAACAAAGCCUUAAUGUCAGCUGUUGUAAUCAUUGUUAACAUGGGUUUCAGUGGGUUUCAGUGGGUUUCAGUGGGUUUCAUUGGGUUUCAUUGUGGGCAGCAUCCAAUCAGGUGACCUCAACAGUCCACAGGUUGAUUCCAGGGUUGGUGACUUUCAUGCAGCAUCUGUCUGCUCGGUUUCCUGUUGACUGCACUGUCAUCUUUCCCAGAUACAAAAUAACAAGAAUACUUUAUAUUUUUCUUAUUUCUGUUAUAAUUCUUAUUGGUUAAUUUUGUUCUUGUUUGUGGUUCCUCCUGUGCCUUUCUCUCCAUGUUUGAUAAUCCUGAAUGUGACAUUAUUGUUCUCCUGGUUCUGAAUUAAAGGUUUGUGCAAGAACGUGUGGAACCCUGAAAACUCAUAAAUGACAGCAGGUUGGUUUUUUCAUGAGUGGAUUGUAAAGAUCGUGAGCCAGAGCAAGGAUCAGCAAAACGUGGAGCAGACCGCAGGCGUGCUCCCGUGGCGUCAGUGUGGAAAAAGGACCAUCGCACCAUUCAGAUAAAAAAAACUAAACUCACACGACCCGUGUAGAUGGACAACUGAACUUUGAUAGAUAUUUGGCACUGCACGUGUUACACUUCAUGUGUCUGUUUUACACUGGCAGUGAUCGGUGGAGCUCGAAAAAGGCGACUGGACUUCAAGUUUCCUGAAGACGUUUCAUGUCUCAUCCAAAAGGCUUCUUCAGCUCUAAAGGUCCCAGGUAUCUAAACCCCAGUGGAGGUGUUCACUGACCCACUGUUCAUGUCAUAAUCACAUGAGCCAAAGAAGACAAGUUGACUUCAGGUUCAGAUCCAAAUGACUUUCACAAAGGCCGGAUGAGUUUGGAUGGAGACUCAGCCAAGAGGAUUCCCAUGGAAACACCAACAGAUGGAUGUGAUUUGAUGAGAGUCAAACAGAUGUGAGGUUCCAGAAGAAGCUGAAAGUUUGGAAAACAUUUAACUCCUUCCUUAAGGUGUGUGUCUCACCUGUGUGUCCUCCAGCGUCCUCAGGUUCAGCAGGUGGAUGUCACAUGGCAGUGAUGAGUGGAGCGGCAGGAAGGGGCGGAGCUUUGGGAGCUGGCUAUCACCAAGGAUGACCAUGGUCAACGGCGG